ACCAUGAUGCGCAUUCUGUUCGUCUUCGCCGCUCUGCUCUGCGUGGCCAACGCGCUUGUGCAGUCGGGCCUGCCGAUGAAGAACUCGCAGCUCGCUGCGCCCGUCUCGCGUGCCGUCGCGCCGACGAUGGUUGUCGAGGGCGCCGCUGCUGACGCCGCUGCCGCUGCCGUCUCGUCGGCUGGCUUGAUGCUCGCGGCCAACGCCGGCGACUUUGGUGGGUACACGAUCCCGAUCAUCGGCCUGGCCACCCUCGCCGGCAUCAUCUCGCUGCUCGCCGGCCCCGUCGAGGACUAGGCGGGUUGUAUGGCACGCAGAGGCGGCGCUGGCUGACGGCGGCUCGCCUCUGCCACUCCCUUGGGCAGAGCUCUGUGUCGGGAUAGGAGCGCGUGGGAUAGAUCCAUUGGCGGCGGACGGGCGAUCGCCGUUCUUCGGUUCCUUGUUUGGGCUGCCGUGUCAACAUCCGCCUUGUCAAUCACCUUGUGUUGUGGUGGCCAGGGCGCAGGGGCCUGCGGGGGGCGACGCCAGGCGGCGGACUGGGAUCCGCCCGAAACGCCCAGCCGCUGCCUGUGUUGCCGUGGCAGUGUUUCAAAAGAUCUGACACACGAACGCUC